AUGGCAAAAAAUCAAUUAUUUUUCAAAUGUUUAAAUCAUUUUAUUACAUUUUAUGCUUAUUUUGGAUUAUUAUUUGCUCUCUUUUGGAUCUAUUGUAUUGUUAUACCAGAAUAUUUUGAAAAAUAUUCAUUAUCUCAAACAUUCUAUAUUUUAUUUAAUAUUUUCUUUUUGUAUUUUUAUAUUCAAGGUUAUACUAAUCUAAUUUUAACGACUAUCUCACGUUAUUUUUUACGUACAAAUAAACACAGUUUAACAGCGAGUGAUUUUUUUUGUCCAAAAUGUAAUUCUUAUUCAAAUAAUCGUUCUCAUCAUUGUACACUAUGUAAUUAUUGUGUACCAUUACGUGAUCAUCAUUGUUUUUUCGUUGGCGUUUGUGUUGGAUCACAUAAUAAACGCUAUUUUAUGUUAAUGCUUUUUCAUUUAUGGUGGGCACAUAUAAUUGGUUAUUCUUUUAUUUGGUCUUAUAUGUGGAAGGAAAUUGGCGGAUUUUGUUUAGAAACAAUACUUAAAAUAUUAUUUUUUAAUAUUGCUUAUUUAAUUGGAUAUAUUAAUUCAAUGUGGAUAGUAUUAAUUUGUUUAUUACAUUAUCUUGUCUUUAUUGAUCUUAUCCUACUCUCAGGAAUCCAGUAUCAAAUGGUCAAGAGACUAAUUCGAGGUCAAACACAGUAUGAAGAAAAAAAGAAUAUAAUCGAUCCAACGUAUAAAAAGGGAGAAGAAUUUUAUCGCAUUUUUGGUGGUAAAAGAUUUUUUUGGAUAUUUUUAAAUCCAUUAUAUAGACAAAAUCUUUCUCUAGGCAAUUAUAUCUAG